GAACAUCACAUCACGUCGCGGUUCGUCACUCGUGUCGUGGCGCUGACAGAGAGAACACUUCUGUCAGUUACACGGGGUCUCUCUGAGUCGUGGGUGUGUUCUGAGAUAGAUACUGGAAAGAAUUUAAAAUCGUUUGAUUAACAAGACCAGCAACAAUGGGCGGUUUCGCAUGGGUGACGUUGGCCACAAACGAUUCUUACUCACUUGGAGCUUUGGUUUUGGCGCAUUCUCUGCGCCGGGCCGGUACCAAGCAUGAUUUGGCAAUUCUUAUAACCCCGGGUGUCACUCAGGUUAUGAGGGAAAAAUUGGCCUCGGUAUAUUCUCUUGUCCAGGAAGUAAACGUCCUGGAUUCAAAGGAUGAGGCCAAUCUCGCGCUCCUUGCACGACCCGAACUCGGAAUCACAUUCACCAAAUUACACUGCUGGCGGUUGACUCAGUACGAAAAAUGUGUUUUCGUGGAUGCCGAUGCUCUCGUUGUCAGGAAUUGCGACGAACUGUUUGAACGAGAAGAAUUGACAGCAGCACCCGACGUCGGAUGGCCGGACUGCUUCAACUCGGGAGUUUUCGUAUUCAAGCCGUCGCAGCAGACCUUCGCCUCGAUCACUUCAUUCGCGGCGGAAAAAGGUUCGUUCGACGGUGGUGACCAAGGUCUCCUCAAUUCGUACUUCAGUGAUUGGGCCCACAAGGACAUCUCCAAGCAUCUACCGUUCAUCUACAACAUGUGCUCAACGGCAACUUACUCGUAUCUGCCCGCCUACAAACAAUUUGGGGAAAAUGUUCGUAUUAUACAUUUCAUCGGCGCCACAAAACCUUGGCUGCAAUAUUUCGACACUGAAACUUCAACCGUCCAUCCGCCGUCAGGAUGCAAUCAUUUGCAGCCACUUUUGCAACUCUGGUGGAACAUUUUCUGCGAAAACGUUUACCCUAAGCUAUCACCAGUGAUGGCCAGGAGCACAUUGGCAUCAAUUUGGCACAGAUUCACUCCUCCUUUGCCCAGCACGUCCGUUCCUUGGUAUCCAAUCCUUAACGAAUCGAAUCAAAGUCACUCGUACAGAUCAGAGUCACGAAAAUCCAAUUACAACUAUGAAGACGACAUCGCGAAACCGGCAGAUUUUUCCGAAUUCAACGACCCGUGGGAACAGUAUAUACCGAAUUACACUCCGCCGGAAAAUCUGGACUAUCAUCAUCAAAGAGAUCACACUCUGCAGUAUUAUAAUACCGGUCCGCACGAGUUUAAUGACAGUCAGAGUUCCCAGCAAUUUCAAAAUUACGCAUUCGAUAAUCCUCCGCAGCAACUUGAGCUUCACGACAGACUAUCGGUCGAUAAUCCCCAGCAACCGACUCCGUCGGUAAACCUUAACGCGUACAGUUUAACGUCGCAACAUCGCGACUUUGACGAAAAUCUGAACGAGAACCGGAAUCAAAAUUACCAUAAUCCUUGGCAGAGUGAGAAUGAUUAUCAGCAUGUUCAAAAACAAUCGACAGAGGCGUAUCACAGUCUUAUCUUAUGUAGGGAAACAUUUGUUGAUAAUACCGGGGAUUUUAGAGUACCGAAAAAUUUUGAAGCCGUUAACAAUGAAAUAUGGCGGGAGAGUCAGACUGAACAUUCUGAGCAUUUCAAAGAGCAAACAAGCCGCGAAAAUAUCGACGAUCGGUUGCACGGAGAUCAUUAUUUCAGGCACGAUCCUGAAGAGCCAAAUGACUCGAUUAGGGAAGAGCAAACAAAUGAUAGGCUUGACGAUUUUCACUCUGUACGAGAAGUUGAAUCUAUCCGAUCUAUCGAUGCCACUCCACAUUCCCAAUCCGAAUUUCCCUCUAAUCAUGAGCCUUGUACAGAUCCUCCGCACAAUGUAGCCCAGCACUAUGAACAAUCCGUAGACAAUCAGGGGCAACCAGCGGUCGAUGACGCUGGAAUUGCCGGAGCCUUGGCAAAGAUGACUUUGGGAGAACCGAGGAGCGCCGAACAAGUGGCACUUGAGGAACACAUGAGAAGGCAAGGUUGGGAACAGGGUCAAAUCGAUUAUAUGGGGCGUGACAGUUUCGACAACAUCUGGAAGAAGAUUCUCAGUACUAUAAGUCAACCUCCGGAACACCAUCCAUCGCCCUCUAUGGAGACACAAAAUGUUGAAAUCAGUUCUCCUGUUGUUCCAUCCUCGCCUCUGGCAGCUACAUCAAGUUCAAUAGCCGUUUGCACAACACCGGACGUCUCUUCCCCUUCUAUUCCAUCCGGAGAAUCAGUAGCGACGCUUCAUAACAACGACGUAAUUGAAUUUUUGAAAAGCGAGCCCAUCGUUGAACCCUUAACCGUACGAGACGAGCCAAAACUCCCAGAAGAACCAAAAUCCGUUGAACCCGAACUCGAGGCAAAAUCUGUCGUGGGCAAAUCCCCACCGGAAGAAAAAAUCCCAACGGAAUUUGCUGCCGAAGAACCUAAAGUCACUACUCAAGCGGUUCAGUCAUCUCCAGUUUCGACCAAAGUCCCGUUACCCGAAAGUGCAGAAACGGAACCACUAACAAAAAAAACUGUUGAAGUUCUUCAAACUUCUCCGGCUUUACCAAAAGUUGAGCCACCUGAAAAUAUUGAACCGGUAUUAUCGAAGCCAGAAACAGCUACCAGUGAAAUCCUGAUUCAACCUUCUUCAAUUUUCUCCGAAGGCCAGUCACCUGCAGAAAAAAUAAUAGCUGGUCAAGUAUCUUCUUCAGCUGCAUCGGAAGUUGAGCCAUUUGCAAAUAUUGAACCGGUACCACCAUCAAAUCCAGAAACAGCUACCAGUGAAUCCCCUAAACCUUCUCCAAUUUCACUACAUGCAAAGGAAGAAACUGAUCCUGUCAGUGAGACGAAGCUCGAGGAAUUUGUCAGCACUUUUGAAGUGCCGAAAAGCGUUGUAAAAGAGUCAUCAGCGGUCUUGGAGGCAGAAACAACUGAAUCGAAAGCAAAACCAUCCGCCGCAUUAGCCGUUUCGGGUACAAGUUUAAUAUCUGGAACUGAACUCGGUACGGAAAGCGCCACGAGUGAGCUGACUGAACUUAUUUUAGACAGCAGCUCAGUUCCGAUUCAAGUCGCGGAGUCCGUGCUGCAAUCCGAACCGAAGGAAUCGGUGUCGGAAGAUCAGAGGCCGGUAACCGAAGAGGCGAUUUCAUCUGUAGUUGCACCGGUGCUCGAAACGGCGACUGCUGUAUCGGAAACUGUAGCGGAAGCAAAAGCCGCUGAAGAGUCGAAGGCGGCGGGAAAUUCGUUUCGUAAUGGCGUCGGCUCUGCGAUAACUCCUCUGGAAAUUCCUGCUCAGAUACCUGAACCGGAAAUUCCUGCUCAUAUACCAGAACCGGAAAUUCCUGCUCAUAUACCACAACCGGAAAUUCCUGCUCAUAUACCAGAACCGGAAAUCCCUGCACCGGUAAAAAUCGAACCCGUGGCUGCUGCUCCGCAGGAGGCUGAGAUCUCCGGAGAAGAGUCUUCGAAAUCCGCCUCACUCACGCCACCCGAUUCGCCAGGCACAACGGUCCCUGUUCGACCGAUCAGAACAAAGGACUCGAGGAUCCCGACAACACCGAUUGUGACCGAAGCCACGCCCCCAAACAGUCCACCAAUUGGUGGUGUGGAAAGCCUGGAGGAUCAGCCGCUGAAAUCGGUUAAGAAGGUGGUGAAAAAAGUUGUCAAGAAGGUGCCUGCGGAUGUUGAAGGCGCCGAAGGAGCGGCGGACAGCGAAACUGUGGGAAAGAAGGUAGUCAAGAAGGUGGUAAAGAAGAUUGUGAAGAAACCGAAGGAGGAAACUGAUGAUGGUGCAGAAACUUCAAGCGCUGCAACUGAGAAACCGAAAAAGACGGUAAAGAUGGUGAAGAAGGUCGUGAAACCGUCGGAAUCCCUCGAGGUGGAUGCUUCGAUACCGGACACACCGCCUGUCGGCGAAGUUCCAGUCCCGCCGAGACGAAAAACCAAGACUACGACAACGACUACGACGAAAACGACAACGACGAGCGGCAAAAGCCCCGCGGCUGAAGAAGCAGCGAAACCCUCCGAGUCUAAGUCAUAAUACUACGAGGGCAGCGAAUUGACAAUAAUCAUUAAUAUUAUAACUAUUAUUAUUAUUAUUGUUAUUAUUAUUAUUAUUAUUAUUGAUAUUAUUAAUAUUAUUAUUGCUACUACUUUUCCUACUACUAUUAGGUUGCUGCGCAGUGUUCGAAAUUCGAAUAAUUUUACAACACAACAGAUUCUUAGAGUACGCAUAUUUCACUUUAUCAGUCAUUUCUUUUCAUGUUUUUUGAUUUCGUAUCUUGCAUCUAGCGAUUUUCUAUCCCAUAUUGCGGUUAUCAGAUAUUUGGUAUAAUGUAUAUUUCUCUAGCAAUCGUUGCAUUAUCGUAUUGCGGCCUUACACACCGCCGCGCGCCGUAUCGUUAUUUAUAAAUCAUAAUUAUAUCAUUUUUCUUUCCUUCUCUCAUUUUUUCGUUAUUUAGACGAAACACUUUCACGUUUGUCAUAUUAUCUAUAUUGAAGGUAGUGUUUGCUUUUCUGUAUUACCAAACCUUUAUCUGAGCAUUUUUUAGGUAUAGUAUCUAUUUGAGUUAUAUCAAUUAUUAUUUUUUUAUUAACUAUGUAUAUUUAUAAUCUAGUGAAUGUUUUUUGCAUACCAGAUUCAGUUUCUAUUCAGAUCUGCGUACAAGCCUUAAGAUAGCAGCGUUGUUUGACAUUUUCAUUAACCCCUUAUCAUAGAUGUAUAGGUUUUGAAGACAGGACCGGCAGAUGAGGUUCUUGCAUGAUUUUCAAUUGCGGUAUGUAAAAAUUACGACGGUUGAUAGAUCCAAUGCUGUCAGAAGAAUUCAUUUGAAAAUUCGUAUCUCAAAGACAGUUACUUACAAAUGAUCUAUAUAUUUUUCAAAUGUUAUCGCCCACGUUAUCUGACGUCGUAAUUCUUCACACACCAAUUUAAAAAACGUUGAGACCGAGGGUCAUCAUUUUGUAUGUAAAAAAAAAUUAUAACUGAUGCAUUACAUUUAUUGAAUACAUGUAUUUUGACGCAA